AUGGAGAAAGCGAUUCGAAAUAUUCUCGAUCAAGCUCAAAAUAAUAAUAUUCGUCAUGGCGAACAUAUCAAAGCACUUGCUGAUCUUUACGUCAAGUGUGAUCAACAAGCAUUCCAUGAUGAUUUCCUCCGUUGUAUUGCUUCAACGAUCAUUGCUCCAUCGAAUUCAACAUUUGUUGCGCAUGCUCUGCAAUUUAUUUCUUCAUUUCUUACUAUUGAGAUCGGCUCAUUGACAAAUAACAAUGAUGAUUCACAACAUAACGAUAGUAUUCAGGGUGAUCUGUUUCAUCCAAUUUUACCGCGUGUGAUUCAAUUCUUCGAUGAACAUAAAAAUCAUCCGAGUGACUAUGUUCGUGCAAACAUAUGUGUUCUCAUAGGUCAAACCUUGGAGAAAAUGGCUGAAAACGCUGAAUUGGAUGGUGAUCUCUUUGAAUUACUAGUAAACAUUUGUCUCGAUCGAAUGAAUGAUAGAAGUUACCAAGUUCGGGCUCAGGCAGCCAAAGCAAGUGGUCGAUUACAGAACACAAAAGAUCCCGACGAUUUGAUUACCAAACGUCUUAUUUGGUUAAUGGAUCAUGAUUCCCAUCCACUUGUUCGAAAAGAAUCGCUUCGCUCCAUCGCUAUAACCCGUUCGAACCUGCCUCAUUUCUUACGACGUUUAACGGACACCAAUGCAACAGUUCGUCUGUGCGCGUACAAUGUCUUCGCCCAAAAAGUUCAAACAUUGAAAGUAUUACCAACAAAAGAACGAUGUAAUAUUGUGCGAAUGGGUAUGGAGGAUCCCGAGGAGCCAGUAGUUCGCGCAUUUGUUGAAUGCGUUGUGCACACAUGGAUUGAUAAGUUACCGGUUCCACCUGGAGCUGAUUUAACACAACAUCCGGAUGCUCAUAAAACGAUCACUGGCUUUUUGAAAAUGAUCGACGUAAUGAAUAUCGGUGAACAGACUGGACGAAUAUUAAAGAUGCUAUUUGAUGAUAAUUUAACUAAACAUUACGAUCAUUUCAAAGACACAUUUAUUAGCGAGAAGAAAUUGAUCGAAGUCGAACAACUUGAUUGCGAAUCGGCUUUCUUCUGGCAACAUCUAGUGGAAUAUCUGAGUCGAAGUGAUGAACAUAGUGAAAAGUUGGAAGCUAUUCUACCCGAACUUGUUGAUCUUGUCGAUGUCAUUUACGAAUUGAUUGGUUCAUAUCAUGACGAUUCCUCCAGUGAUUCGGUUUCUGCAGAAAUCAAUUUUGUUGUUGAUUGUGUUUUACAUGUCAUGAUUCAUUGUAAAUUCGAUGAUCUCGCUGGAAGAUAUCGUGUUGAAACACUAUGUCGGGACAUGUUCUUUAUGGAAGAAAUUCAUCCGACAACGUAUAAAAUGGUGAUGAAUAUUAUGAAAAAGAUCGAGCCGAAAUUCGAACAUCGACAAAGAAAAACGAUCGAGAUGUUAGCUGAUUUAGAAAAACGAGAAAAUCGAUGCACGGAACAUAUUCUAGCUGAUCGAAAGAGUGAACAUGAGAUCAUUACUUUACGUGAACGUCAAUCGGCUCUUCAAGAUUCUUUGCAUCGUAUUCGUGAUCACGAGAUCGCAUCGCAGAAUGUCGAUGAACGCGUUCGACUUGAGAAAGAUCUAAACGAAGUUAAAGAUCGUCUUUCACGUUAUGAUCAAACAAUUAUUUCAACACAAUCACAUAUGAGCGGAAUUACAUCUGCUGGUGAUCGUUCAAUCGCUGACCAUCGAAAUUUCAUGCUUGUUAAACGUCUGACUAUUCUCUGUGAAUUACUGUCAACGACUAUGCCGAAUAAAAUUCUACCACCGUCAUUUGUCACUUACGCACGAGAUUUAGGUGUAUCAAGUCUGAUGUCACUUGAUAUUCCUGUUCGUCGGCAUGCCGUACGUGUACUGGGAUUGCUUGCUGUGUAUGAUAAACAACUAAUGAUGGAGAAUCUUGAAUUGAUCAAUAAGGUUAUUGAAAAUGAUGCAUCGGUCGUUGUUAUUGAAGGUUUGAACGCCUUGGGUGAUAUGUUCAUUCGUCAUAAUGCAUUGAGUAUGAUGAAGAAUUUGAAUAAUACUCGGCCAGUGAUUCAAGCAAUCGAACAAGGAUUUCAUCUUGUUGCCCAAAUGGUUGAUAGUCGAAUUUUGAAUGUUCGGUUGACAGCACUGACAAAUAUGAUAAAAUUGUUCUUUGUCGGACAGAUCAAUAGUGGAGAAGCAUUCGCGAAGUUGAUCGUUGCUUGGUACGAUCAAUCAACAGAUGUUCGUGUUGGAGGGCUUCUCACCACAUUUUUUCCAACUUACGCUGAUAAAUUCUGGCAAACGGAUAAGUAUUUGUUCAACGCUUUACAACCAUCGAUUGACGGUCUCUUAAAUAAUGACCUAACGAAACAAGAGCCAACAUUCGUUGCUGAUGCAAUUAAACUUUUCCUUCAAUUACAUCAGAUACGCGAACGAGCUGUUCUGAAUCACUUGAUGCACGACAAACCAGCAUCGGACAAUGACGCACCAAAUGUUGAUUUAAACGAUCCAAACACAACCGAUUUGGACGUGACAAUCCAUGCUCAUUUAAAUUCGUCAAUCGUGUCUGUGAACAAACAAGCAUUAGAUAAAGAAAUUGUCGAAAAACAGAAACAUGAAGCGCGAUUGAAAUAUCAUUUCUAUGUCGCACGAACCAUUCUUACUCAAUUGAAAUCAUCAACAAAUGAUGAUCUGAUUCGUUCAUUGACAACAACAUUGAAUUUAAUUGAUAUUACUACAGAUGACUGGACAAUUAUCAAAAAUUUACGACAUAAAUCGAAGAAAGUUAACAAAUAUUUAACCAUGAGCAAACGAAAGUCCAAUCUGAAGUUAUUUAUCAAAAAACUAUCCAGUCGCAUCGAAUUAUUACGUGGAUUCGAUGAUGGUAACGACACAACGCUGAAUGAAUCAACGCUUACGGAUUCGUCUCAAUUGAAUGCUACGGUCAUGAGUGCAGUACCUGCGCAUAUUGUGAACGCCAAUGCAGUCACACCUGGCUCACCAAUGAUGGACACAGCUUUUCGUGGCCUUGGAAAGAAAAAACGUGUCGCCAAAGAUUCGCUUCUAUCACAAAAUUCAACUACUUCAUCGAUCAUGCCACCACCGGCACCUCCUCGUAGUCCUCCAUUACCAUUAUCAGCAUCAAACGCUCGUCACGACAAAAAGACAACAAAACUUCCAAUCACUCCAGUCCGACAACCAAGCGGCGAACACGAUUCAUCGUCGUGUUCAUCACUAUCGUCGUCAUCAGAGGAUGAAAAUCACACAUCAGAUAUUGAAAAUGAAAAUCCUUUACCGCCAGUCGCUUCCUCAGUUAAUAAACGUGCACGUGCCGAUGCGACAUCAACCGAAUCACUGAGUCCACCGCGUGAAAGCAACGCUAAUUCAUCUCGUAUGAUACUUCGUUCCAGUGCACGACGACAGCAGGAACCAACUAAGCAAAAUCCCGUCUCGACACCUUCUCUACGUCAACAACGUAAACAUCGUCGCAUAGAUCUUGAUAUUACACCUUUAAAUACUAAUAACAAUCGAAAAAAACUACCGCCUACGCAAUCAUCAACACCUCAUAUUAGUAAAUAA